GUUAGAAUAGAAGUAGGCCAAUUGCCAAAGGUGGCCACCGUUCCCAUGCGUUUAAAGCCGCCGUCUUUAUUAAACAUUUCCAGACACAAUUGGAACUGGCAGUGUUUACAUUUACAACAACAUCACCAGCGGUCUGUGAAACCAAGGAGAGAGCUUUUGGCUUCAGCAACAACAUUGUUUAUGUUUCAUAGAUUGACACAUAACCAUUUUCGUGCAGGCAAAAUGGCCAAACUUGAAAGCUUGAAUUUUGACAAUCUUGUGCUUCGCACUCUCCCUAUCGACCCGGAGAAGAAGAACUUCACUAGGCCAGUCAAGGGAGCGUGUUUCUCAAAGACAACGCCCGAGCCAGUUGCUAACCCAGAGACGGUCGCGGUGUCCCUCCCAGCGUUGAGAUUGCUCGGUUUGGAAGACAAAGAAAGUGAGAGGCCGGAGUUUGCAGAGUUUUUCUCUGGGAGCAAGACGCUGCCGGGAAGCGACAGUGCAGCCCAUUGCUACUGUGGACAUCAGUUUGGUCAUUUCUCUGGACAAUUGGGUGAUGGAGCAGCCAUGUACUUAGGAGAGGUUGUUAACCCGUCAGGUGAGCGAUGGGAGAUUCAACUGAAAGGCGCUGGUCCUACACCAUACUCCAGGCAGAGUGAUGGUCGAAAAGUACUACGAUCUAGCAUUAGGGAGUUCCUGUGUAGUGAAGCUAUGCAUCACCUCGGAAUACCAACAACUAGAGCUGGAUCAUGUGUGACGUCUGACACAAAGAUUAUACGUGACAUCUUCUACACUGGGAAUCCAAUACAGGAGAGGUCAACGAUAGUGUUACGGAUAGCACCAACAUUUAUAAGGAUUGGGUCGUUUGAAAUAUUCAAGCCACUGCAAAGUACGACGGGUCGAGGGGGCCCAAGUGUUGGUCGGAAAGAUAUUCUGGAACAAAUGCUGGAGUACGUCAUCAAAACUUUCUUUGCAGAAAUUUAUGAAAGCCAUAAAGACUCAACGCAUGAUCGCUAUCUAGCAUUCUACAGAGAAGUCGUCAAGUUGACUGCUCAACUCGUAGCUGAGUGGCAAUGUGUGGGAUUCUGUCAUGGAGUGUUGAACACGGACAACAUGAGCAUUGUUGGAUUGACUAUUGACUAUGGCCCAUAUGGCUUUAUGGAUGCAUACAACCCAGAACAUAUAUGCAACACUUCAGACGAUGGUGGUCGGUACACAUAUGCCAACCAGCCAAAGAUAUGCCGCUGGAAUAUGGAGAAGCUGGCAGAGGCGAUCUCCAUGGCACUUCCAGAAGAAGUCUCCAAAGCAGAACUGGGGCUGUAUGAUGAAGAGUACGAAAGGUGCUACUUGGCGAAGAUGAGGAAGAAACUAGGGCUACUGAACAAAGAGUUGCCCGAAGACAAAGCUCUCGUGGACGCAUUCCUAGCCACCAUGCAGCAGACUCAAGCAGACUUCACUAACUCCUUCAGAUGCCUGAGUCGACUCCCUCUGCCUGGUGGUGGUCAUGCCAGCCAGGACUCCGAUGAGGCAGUGAUGUCAUACCUCUUGUCUCAGUGCAGUACGGCAGAGGAAAUGAAGGAAUCACUAGCACCGAGGAUGGAUGGAAGAGAGCUUCAGAUGAUGAUGAUGUUGAUGCAGAUGAACCCUCAGUUGUUGCAGCAGCUUGGAGGUGGUCAUCAAAAACUCAUGAAGGAAUUGGAACGCAUGGAAAAAGCCAAGGAUAUUCAAAAUCUUAGUCAAGAUGAAAAGAUGAAGACGGAUAGAGGGUCUUGGGAGAUCUGGCUGGCUGCCUACAGAGACAGGCUGCUGAAGGAGUUGGAUGGACUGAAUGGAGAAGAGGCUUGUAGGGAAUUCAGCCAGAGACGAGUUGAUGUCAUGAAUGCAAACAACCCAAGGUUCAUCUUGAGAAACUACAUUGCACAGAAUGCCAUAGAGGCUGCUGAGAAGGGGGACUUCACAGAGGUACAGCGCGUUCUGAAGUUGUUGGAGACGCCCUACAGUGAAUCAGUAGACCUGGGUAGCUUGGCGUCUAAGCAGACAGAACAGCCUGCGUCUAGUACAAGCACCGAUGAGGAUGCUGGUGACUCUGGAGCUGUAGGAUCCAGCCAGGCAGGCGUUGGCAAGAUCAAGAGCUGCGCCGGGGUAGCUUACGAUGACAGACCACCUCACUGGGCAACGGAGCUACGAGUCACUUGAUCUUCAUAGAUCGUCUCAGUGUAUACUCAUAAAGCUGCAUCACGUCUCACCUACAUCCUUGUUAAAUGUGCUGCAGCUUUUUGUACCGAGACAUAAAGGGUUAAAUACCAGUAACUUAAUUUGCAUAACACACAGACGUACUUAAAAUACUACCUUGUCCCAGUACAAUACUUAUUCGGAUAUUCGGAUCCAGGGAGUAUUUUUUGUAUUAUAUUUUGUGUUUGCUUUUAAUGACGGCAUUUGUACAAACCCAAGUUAUAUUGGGAUACUCUUGCUUGAUGAAAA